GUACUUACGGAAAUAUAGCCCACGAUGUCCGGUUUAGAGAGUGUUUCACGGCCCCAAGAAAACGAUAAUAUAAACGAUGUGUUUGAAGAAAUCUUCCUGACCGAGGAACGUGUUAUCGACGAGAGUUACCAUCAGGGGCUGGAAGACGGUCGGCAGCAGGAGUCCGUAGAGGAAGCGUUCGACUACGGCCACAAAAAGGGUUCAGAAAUUGGACGUGAAAUCGGAUUUUAUCAAACCAUCGCCACGGAGGUGGCCUCACAGGAAACGUUGGUGGCAUCCAACGGGCGAGCGUUGACGUUACUGAAAGAAAUCGAAGUGGCCAUCGAGAAGUUUCCCUGCGACAACGACCCGAACGUGGACUUGUUACACAACCUGCAGCAAAUCCGCAACAAAUACCGGAGACUGUGUGCCCUGCUGAAGCUACCCUACAAGUACGAACAGGGUCAUGAGCUCACGUUUUAG